UAGUCCCUCCUGGCUUUCCGUCCGCCAGGUCGGACUGACGGAGUUAGCCGUGGCCGCCAUAUUGACUUAGCGGCCGGGUUUUGAGGGGUCAGAGAGACCCGGACCAGUCCGCGGAACAGCUCGGUGAGCCCCAGAGGAAAGCCAUCAUGUUAAGGAUACCUAUAAAAAGGGCCUUGAUAGGCCUUUCUAAGUCUCCUAAAGGAUAUGUUCGAACAACUGGCACAGCAGCAAGUAACUUGAUUGAAGUGUUUGUUGAUGGUCAGUCUGUCAUGGUGGAACCAGGAACCACUGUCCUGCAGGCUUGCGAGAAGGUUGGCAUGCAAAUCCCUCGAUUCUGUUACCAUGAAAGGUUGUCUGUUGCUGGAAAUUGCAGGAUGUGUCUGGUAGAGAUUGAGAAAGCUCCAAAGGUAGUUGCUGCUUGUGCUAUGCCUGUUAUGAAGGGCUGGAAUAUCUUGACAAACUCGGAAAAAUCUAAGAAAGCCAGAGAAGGUGUGAUGGAGUUCUUAUUAGCAAAUCACCCAUUGGAUUGUCCUAUUUGUGACCAGGGAGACAUCUGCCCUGUAGGGGCCCUAACCUCUAAGCCUUAUGCCUUUACGGCCCGGCCUUGGGAAACAAGAAAGACAGAGUCCAUAGAUGUAAUGGAUGCAGUGGGAAGUAACAUUGUGGUUAGCACAAGAACUGGAGAGGUAAUGAGGAUUUUGCCAAGAAUGCAUGAAGAUAUUAAUGAAGAAUGGAUCUCUGAUAAAACCAGGUUUGCCUAUGAUGGACUAAAACGUCAAAGACUUACUGAACCAAUGGUCAGAAAUGAAAAAGGGCUUUUAACUUAUACCUCCUGGGAAGAUGCACUCUCUCGUGUAGCUGGAAUGUUACAGAGCUUUGAAGGCAAGGCUGUAGCAGCGAUUGCAGGAGGCUUGGUGGAUGCGGAAGCCCUAGUAGCUCUGAAAGACUUGCUUAAUAAAGUUGACUCUGACAACUUAUGCACUGAAGAGAUCUUCCCCACUGAAGGAGCUGGCACAGAUUUACGUUCCAAUUAUCUUCUCAAUACCACAAUUGCGGGUGUGGAAGAAGCAGAUGUUGUUCUUCUAGUUGGUACAAAUCCACGUUUUGAGGCACCGCUGUUUAAUGCUAGAAUUAGAAAGAGCUGGCUUCAUAAUGACUUAAAAGUGGCCCUCAUAGGUAGCCCAGUCGACCUCACUUACAGAUACGACCAUCUAGGAGACUCUCCUAAGGUUCUGCAAGGCAUCGCUUCAGGGAUGCAUUCAUUCUGCAAGGUUUUAAAGGAAGCUAAAAAACCAAUGGUGGUUUUAGGCAGUUCUGCACUCCAGAGAGAUGAUGGAGCAGCAAUUCUUGCAGCUGUGUCCAAUGUUGUACAAAAUAUUCGAGUGACAACUAGUGUUGCUGCAGAGUGGAAAGUUAUGAAUAUUCUGCACAGGAUUGCAAGCCAGGUAGCUGCUUUGGACCUUGGCUAUAAACCUGGAGUAGAAGCAAUUAGGAAGAACCCUCCUAAAGUGCUGUUUCUUCUGGGAGCAGAUGGAGGUUGCAUCACACGACAGGACUUGCCAAAGGACUGUUUCAUUGUUUAUCAAGGACAUCAUGGUGAUGUUGGUGCUCCCAUAGCUGAUGUUAUUCUCCCAGGGGCUGCUUAUACAGAAAAGUCUGCUACUUAUGUCAAUACUGAGGGCAGAGCUCAACAAACCCAAGUAGCAGUGACACCUCCUGGCUUGGCAAGAGAAGACUGGAAAAUCAUAAGAGCUCUCUCUGAGAUUGCAGGUAUCACCCUUCCAUAUGAUACUCUUGAUCAAGUAAGGAACCGUCUUGAAGAGGUCUCUCCUAAUCUGGUUCGAUAUGAUGAUAUUGAAGAAACUAAUUACUUUCAGCAAGCAAGCGAGCUUGCCAAGCUAGUAAACCAGCAACUUCUUGCUGACCCACUUGUUCCACCUCAGCUAACUAUAAAAGACUUCUAUAUGACAGAUUCAAUUAGCAGAGCCUCACAGACAAUGGCCAAGUGUGUCAAAGCUGUCACAGAGGGUGCUCAGGCAGUAGAGGAGCCGUCCAUAUGCUGAGAUGUCUACCAGGGACCCCGUUUUGCUACAGACAGUAAAUGGACAAUGGUGUAAUCCCUUAUAAGUUAAUGCUUUUCAACAUGAGUCUGAAUGAUGUAAUAUUUAAAGAUAUACUAUGCUUAUCUGAAAACGGUAUUGCACUUAUCAAAAAUCUUGCCAGUUUAAAAUUUAUGUAAUUGUGUGCAAGCAUUAACUAGUUUAAUAAAACUAUCAUUUGUUCUUUCAUGUUAAAAACA